AUGGCGUCGCAGUACUACCAGGAGAUGCAGGAGAGCUUCAAGAAUAACAACAAAAGUCGAGAGUUCCCGGCUCACACGGCCAAAGUCCACUCAGUGGCGUGGAGCUGCGAUGGCAGAAGACUCGCGUCCGGCUCAUUUGAUAAAACAGCGAGCGUGUUUGUUCUGGAAAAGGACCGUUUGGUGAGUCGAGGCUAGCGUGCUAGCGUUAGCCUGAGGGCAGUAGAGGGGGAACGGCGCAUGUGUAACGGUGUUUGUUUCUCGUUUUAAAGUGUUUCCUGAGAUUUGUUUAAAAUCCUCCCGAUUCUCUGUGAACUUUUGAGUAUCUCCGUCAUUUCAGGUCAAAGAGAAUAACUACAGAGGUCACGGGGACAGCGUGGAUCAGCUCUGCUGGCACCCGACAAACCCGGACCUGUUUGUGACCGCGUCUGGAGACAAGACCAUCCGGAUCUGGGACGUCCGAACCACAAAAUGCAUCGCCACUGUCAUCACAAAAGGUGAGUGUGACCUGAAUAAGUAGACCUAUUUUUAACGUACAGGGUCUGUGUUGAGAACGUUCCGUCAGCGUCGCGUCUCUGCUCCGUCGAGGAGCGUGGUGCAGAGGAAACAACACGCUCACAACAGGUUGUUUUUCCUCUCUCUGGUCUAUUUCCUGCGUAUCUAGAUAUAAUUCAGUGACCGUUGAGCCUCUUCUAUACGUGAAAAAGUAAUUUUACAGUUUGGGUUUUUGCGCAUUAGAAGCGUAGAGCAGCAAUAAUAGACUCGUCGCGUAUCUUUAGCAGUGCUGCUCUCGAUACGAUGCUGCGACGGAGCUGUUACGCGCUCUAUACGCUUUGCUGCAUUGAUCAGAAUGGCUUUCUGCAUGAUACGUGACGCUGCUGUCACGCUCCAAUUACGCAUCCUGUAUGUUUUAGCCUUAAAGAAUUCUCAGUUUAUUGGUAAGAUACUCGUGUACAUUUUGUUGUGUUCUCAUCAGUGAAAAUAUCAGUAGUAUCAGGGAACUUCUCUGGAAGUUAUUUUCAAUGCAAACUUGCAGCCAGAAGCUGAACAGCAGGACUCCAGACGCUCAUUUUCACAGUUACAAGUUUCGAGUCUUGAAUUACACCUCCUACUGCUGACAGAGCGGAUCAGCUUCACUUCUUCUUCCCUUCUGCUCUGUUUCCCUCCACCAACAAACAAAGAGACGAUUAUUUAACUCAUGUCUGCUGUGGGAGGAAGUUAAAAUCCCAAAAUAUGACCCAGAGAUGGUUCGUUUAAAUGAGUUUAAGCUCCUAAUUGAUGAGGAAAUUUAAAAAAUAAAUAAAUAACUUAUCUUUUGAAGGUGAGAAUAUCAACAUCUGCUGGAGCCCGGACGGCCAGACCAUCGCUGUUGGAAACAAAGACGACGUGGUGACCUUCAUCGAUGCAAAGACGCACCGCUCCAAAGCAGAGGAGCAGUUCAAGUUCGAGGUGAACGAGAUCUCCUGGAACAACGACAACGACAUGUUCUUCCUCACCAACGGCAACGGCUGCAUCAACAUCCUGAGGUAGGACCGAAAAGCCGAUUCAGAACCACACAGAUCUGCAAACAAACUUUGUAUUGUUUUGUUUUUUCCUAAGCUUGUAAGUAUUCAUGAAAAUGUGUCGCAGUGCUUCGCUCACACUCAGUUCUCGCGCUCGGACACCUGUCAGCUGCUGUGUGAAUCCACUACAAACCGAGGGUGUGAUGUCAACUUGUACAUUUUGUUACUUAAAAACUCUUUUAGAUACAAGAGCGUCUCUAAAAAAAAAAAAAAACAGAUCCCUUUGCUUUCUCUUCUCCUCCUCUUUUGUCUUUCCUUUUUUCAUACUGUUGAAAUCAAGCCGAUUUUUUUUCUUUUAACUGUUGCAGGAUGUAACAGAGAAAUGCUGGCUGGGUUUUGGCCUUUUAGCUGCUCAUUUAAGAGACAUAGACAUCUGUGUUGUGCCAAAUGACUUAAUUAGGGGUUUGAUCUCUUAAUGUGAUGGUUUUACUCACUUACUGAGGCCCAUAGCUCCCUGUGGAACAAAGGCCAUCAACAACUCUUCUCCAUCGAGCACAGUCUUGGGCUAUCCUCUCCACCUCUCCCCAGCUGGUACCAUAACUCUUCCAAGUCAGAGCCUGGCGUGUGAUGGUAGCUGAUGAUUUAUGCAAAGUGUGGCCAAUCCAGCCCCACUUCCGCCUCCGGAUCUGGCUCUCUACUGGCUCCUGUCUCUCUUUCUGCCACAGCUCCUUAUUGUUGAUUUUGUCCGACCACCUCAUUCCGAAAUAUGAGCUAUUUAUAAAUGUCUCUUUCGUCAUUCUCCACGUCGCCGAACCAUUGAGUAGUACACUUUUAACAUUGGAGUUGAAGAUGCGCACCUUCGUUGAUUUUACUGGAGAUUACUGGGGUGAUGGUUUUAGGGAAGACGAAAAAAAAGAGACUUCAUCCAAAACCCAGGAGGGUUUACUGGCUAUCCCGGGGUCUGAAGAGAAAGACGCAAACACAGAGGACUUCAUCCUGAAACAGAAGCUUCAACUUCUUUACAAGUUUCUCUGUGCGAGGCUUAAAAGACGGAGGAUCCUCGAUUUAGGAUCCCAGAAAAUACAGACUCAGGUUCAGCUGUUUUGUAGCCGAACCUGAGUUUGUAAAAAUCACAAGAUUAGUUUUUUCAGGAUUAAGAAGCAUCUUGUUAGUGACAGAUAGUGUGUGUAGAGACUGCUUCCCUUCAACAAAAAAGGCAGCUGGGGUUCAGGUUCGCUUGCAUCUGUGACGCGUUCAAUUAUCAGUCCGGUUUUUAAUUUAUUGUUCAAAAAAGGAAAGAAAACAUGCUGAUCCAGGUCCAAAACUUUUGCUUUCAAAUGAAAAAAGUGAAUUGUUGAAAUGAGUUAAAACAGGAUGAGUGAAACAGUGAAAAACACAGAAUUAUCAGAGUUUACCUCAAACCAUUGUCUGAAUACACCUGUAGGAGCCAUAAUGUUGCUUCACUUAUCGCUUAUCCUCUGUUCAAUUACUUUUGUCUUGUUUUUAUUGGUUUCACUGGGUUUGGGUCACAUGGGCGCUGAGUUUGAAAGCUGGUAAGUUAUAUAAGGGGCGGUCUCACCUGCACUGGGGUGGAGAGGUGAGCCUAGGUAGCCGUAAUUGUUGUUGACCGCGCUUGAUGUUCUUUGUUUGCUAUGAAGUGUACACAUAUGACAUCAGCUGGUUAGAUAAAAGGUACAAUGAAAGCCGCAAAAACACCAGUGAGAUUUCACAAAAAAAACGCCAACUAUCCCAAAACCACACCCCUCAGUGACCAUCCCGGGAGUGACGUAGCUCGAAAUCAUCAGUCUUACAGUCUGAUAUUGUGUUUAAGUGGAGCAGUAAAUAUCCACACAUUUCUGGAGCUCUGCUGGGGAAACCAAAUGUAUCAUCUCUUCCCUCUAAUGAAUGUUUUUACCCACUUUUCAUGUCAUCUUGUUAUUCAAUACGAGGACAAAUUUAACCCUUAAAACAAAUCGAGUUGCACAAACAUGGAUGAAACAUGCAGUGUGGAUUUUCCUGCAUGUUUUCUCAUGUGAUUCAUCUGAACUGGAUUAUCCCCAAAGGAAAACCCUCUCAGGUAAAUGAAGUAUUAUCUCUAAGGUGUCGGGGUAAACCACAGUGAUAAAGCCUCUUCCUUUAUUUGGUUAGAAGAGUCAAAUGACGCUUUAACGCACUGGGUGUCCUGACAAUGUUACGUCACUUUUUCAUGUUAGAAACCGAGUCUGUGAAUCAGAGCUGCAGUGAGAACAGUGUGUGUUUGUUCGCAGCUACCCGGAGCUGAAGCCCAUCCAGUCCAUCAACGCUCACCCGUCCAACUGCAUCUGCAUCAAGUUUGACCCCACGGGGAAGUACUUCGCCACAGGGAGUGCAGACGCGCUGGUGUCACUGUGGGACGUGGAUGAGCUGGUGUGUGUCCGCUGCUUCUCCAGGUCAGGCGUGUGCACCGUGACGACAUGCGAUCGCCUCAUGACUUUGUUCCCUGGUUUGGUUUAAUGUGAAAUAACUGAUCUCAGACAUGAAUGUUCAGGCUGGACUGGCCGGUGAGGACGCUGAGCUUCAGCCAUGAUGGAAAGAUGUUAGCCUCGGCCUCGGAGGAUCACUUUAUAGACAUCGCUGAGGUGGAAACAGGUUAGUAUGUUCGAUAGUUUGAUGAUCUGAGAAAUACAAGAGAGUCGACGCAUGCAGGAGUUUAAGGCUUUUCAGUUUGGGGUUUGUUUUUUGUCUAUAAUUUGACACAACAUCCUCCACUUUUUCUUCUACCUGUCCAGGAGAGAAGCUGUGGGAGGUUCAGUGCGAUUCCCCGACCUUCACCGUCGCCUGGCAUCCUAAGAGGCCGCUGCUCGCCUACGCCUGCGACGACAAAGAGGGCAAAUACGACAACAACAGAGAGGCGGGAACUGUAAAGCUUUUUGGUCUCCCCAACGACUCCUAA